GGAGGGUGGGUCCCCGCGAGCUCGGCGCCCGGAGUCGUCCUCCUCCUCCUCCUCCUCCUCCUCCUCAGCCGCCGCCGCCUCCGCCUCCCCCGCGGCCGCCGCCGCCUCCCGCUGCCGCCCGGCCGCCGCCCGUCCCUGCCCGUGGUCUGCAGCCGGGGCGCGGGGCCUCCCGAGCCGGCCCGAGCAGCGCAGCCACCGCGUCUGGAGCUCGGGGCGGCGGAGCUGACGGUGCAGAUUCUUCUUAAGCUUUGCUGAGAACUGUGACACAGGAUGGCCACCAAUAAGCCCAAGGGCCAGAAUUCUUUGGCGUUACACAAAGUCAUCAUGGUGGGCAGCGGAGGUGUGGGCAAGUCUGCUCUGACCCUGCAGUUCAUGUAUGAUGAGUUCGUGGAGGACUAUGAGCCUACCAAGGCCGACAGCUACCGGAAGAAGGUGGUGUUGGACGGGGAGGAGGUGCAGAUUGACAUCCUGGACACAGCAGGGCAGGAGGACUAUGCUGCCAUCAGAGACAACUACUUCCGGAGCGGGGAGGGCUUCCUCUGCGUCUUCUCCAUCACAGAAAUGGAAUCGUUUGCAGCCACGGCUGACUUCAGGGAGCAGAUUUUAAGAGUAAAAGAAGAUGAGAAUGUUCCAUUUCUGCUGGUGGGUAACAAAUCUGAUUUAGAAGAUAAAAGGCAGGUGUCUGUGGAGGAGGCGAAGAGCCGGGCGGACCAGUGGAACGUGAACUACGUGGAGACAUCUGCCAAGACGCGCGCUAACGUCGACAAGGUGUUUUUUGACUUAAUGAGGGAAAUUCGAGCCAGAAAAAUGGAAGACAGCAAAGAAAAGAAUGGGAAAAAGAAGAGAAAAAGUUUAGCCAAGAGAAUCAGAGAAAGAUGCUGCAUUUUAUAAUCACAGCCCAACUCCUUUCUUAUCUUGACCAUACUAAUAAAUAUAAUUUAUAAGCAUUGCCAUUGAAGGCUCAAUUGACUGAAAUUACUUUAACAUUUUGGAAAUUGUUAUGUAUCACUAAAAAGCAUGAAUUGGAACUUCACUUGAAAGCCAAAUUCACUUAGAAAGAAAUUAAUGUGGCUUCACCAAGAAGCAGUGUUCAGCCUUCCUCCUACUCACCCCAUUGUCAUGUCCUGGACGUCACUUGAGCGCGUGUCCCGGCCGGUCCUCCUCUGGACUGCCGCAGGUGAGGGCUUGGGAGGGUGGGAGAAGGUGCUUCCUCCGGGUUAUGAAAAAGCUUCGAUUUUAUAUCAUUUGAAAAUGUCUUGGUCUUCUACUGCCUUGAAAAAAUGAGAAUUGUGAACAUGAUAGUUAAAACUGUUACCACUUUUUUGUUGACCAUUGUUAUGCAAAAUAUAGAAGAAAAAGUUGCUGGCAUGAUUGUUGCAUAUAGUGAAAACAAGAGUAAUUCAUCUGUGAGCCUGCAUUGUUUACCUGGCAAUUAACAGAGAAAAGGGGUGUAAACUUGUACAUGGAAAAGUUUGAAUAUGCCUUAAUUCAGAAACUGAAAACUACCCGAUUACAUGGACCUGGGUGUGUCCUCGCCCGUGUUUCCCGGUGAGAGAGAGUACACACCUCUUGUGUGGGGUCGCCUUUGGCAGGGGGAGGAGGAGUCUAGGAAAUCGCAGCUCAGAGUCUGUCCCGGCCUGCAAGCUGUGCCAUACUCCUGGAGGCAGGCUCUGGAGCUACUUGAAUGCUUUUUAAUUAGCUAGAAGGUAGCAUAAAGUGAAGAGCCAGCAUCUACUUGGCAGAUAAUUUUAGACUCUGAGGAUUCCACAGCAGUUGUGUUUCCGAGUCCUUUUCCUUUGAAGAUGCUGGUCCCCAGAAACCACUUUGUUCAAGUGGUGAAUGUGUUGAGUUUUUCUGUCUCUUUGGAGCCGGGCCCAGGAAAAAAACUAUCAAAAAAACUGCCUUCUACUCUAGAACAGUUAGUGCUUACAAGUCUCCACAUUUAUAUUUAUGGCGUUGUAGUUGGGUGAUGUGGGAGCUAUUUUGGAGAAUUUGUAGUCUGUGUUCGUAACAAAGGACACGGUAGCUACAUUCUUCCUAGUAACAUCGAGCAGUCCAUCUGAGCAUGUGCAGAAGACAAGUUCUCGAGCACCAAGCGGGCAAGGCUGCUGCCCAGCAUGCCUGUGGGAGUUAAACCAGUCGUGUAUCCUUUCCCUCUUUGGAAUGAAGCUAAGACAGUUGACUCUAAGGCUGCUCCUUUUGCUCAGUCUGAAUUUCAACAAGUCAGAGGUGUGUCAGGCAUUCCAGGUAAAAGGUGUAUGUAUGAAAUGAGCAGAAAUAGGCUUUUUAGGAACCCAACUCUAGAUAUCUCAUCUGGCUUAUCAUGUUAAAUAUUUGUCCUUAAAAAGGGUUUGAGAUGCUCUUUCAUUUCAUAUUUUUCAUCAGCUAUGCCACGUGCAGAAUUAAAGCUCCCGAUGUCCCACUGGCCCUGCGGCCUGGCAGUCCCUCUGUGGACUCAUCACAGUCUUAUUUAACCAGGGGUCCUAACCACUAACGUGUGACUUUGCUUUGAGACCGUUCCUCUCCCGGGUACUCAGGUGCUAUGAAGCCAACUGACAAAGAUGCAUUACAUGUCUUAGGCUGAUGCCGCUACCCAAUUUGGUUUAUUUGCAAUUUGAGCCAUUUAAAGACCAAUAAACUUCC